AUGGCGGCGCAGCAAGUGACGGAUCCAGUUAGUCGAUCGCUAAAAGGGGUACUGUUGGAGAGCUUACAGGCGAUUCUUUCACCGGAUCAAAGAAUCAGAAUAGAAGGGGAGGAUCAGAUAAAACUGUUGGAAGUAACUGAAGAGUUUGGUGUAUAUCUUGCUGAGUUUACAUUGGAUCCACAGGGUGCCCUCGCCAUCAGACAGCUGGCAUCGGUUAUAUUAAAGCAGUAUGUGGAAGCUCACUGGUCACAACAUUCUGAUAAGUUCAGACCUCCAGAGACCUCUGACACGGCCAAGAUGGCCAUCAGAAGCAUGCUCCCAGCAGGCCUUAGAGAGACGAUCAGUAAAGUUCGCACCAGUGUGGCCUAUGCUAUAUCAGCUAUAGCGCAUUGGGAUUGGCCUGAUGCUUGGCCGCAGCUAUUCGGUGAAUUGAUGGGUGCAUUGACCAGUGGUGACAGCAAUGCAGUCCAUGGUGCUAUGCGUGUACUCACAGAAUUUUCCCGUGAAGUGACCGAUAUGCAGAUGCCCCAAGUAGCACCAAAGAUUUUACCAGAAAUGUAUAAUAUAUUCAUAAAUGAUGAAGUAUUUAGUAUUCGUACCAGAUCCCGCGCUGUGGAAAUAUUCAAUACAUGUGCUGGGCUCAUAUUUAGUAUGAAUGAGCUCCACAAGGGCGUAGCCAAGCAGUUAUUGUUUCCAGUGUUGUCACAGUUUGUGGUUGCCUUUGGUCAGGCGUUGUCAUUUCCAGAUGGUGACAAAUCAGAUAGUGGCUUGAAAAUGGAAGUAAUUAAGGCAGUUACCACCCUAGUUAAAAGUUUCUCUAAACAGAUGUCUCAGUGGUUACCCGAACUACUGCCACAGAUAUGGAAAGCACUGACAGAAAGCGCUGACGUCUACGUGAGAACUGUUGUUAAUGAUACAGAAGAUGCCGAUGAUCCUGUUGAUUCGGAUGGUGAAGUGCUUGGUUUUGAAAAUUUAGUUUUUAGCAUAUUUGACUUUGUGCAUGGUUUAGUGGAAACUCCACGAUUCCGAAGUACAAUUAUAAAAAGUUUGGAUGAUAUUGUAUACUACAUUAUACUGUAUAUGCAGAUUACAGAAGAACAGGUAAAAUCAUGGACUUCAAAUCCAGAUCAGUUUGUGGAAGAUGAAGAUGAAGACACAUUUUCUUACUCCGUGAGGAUAUCUGCCCAGGAUUUACUAUUGUCUGUGGCAAGCGAGUUCCAAGCGGAAUGUGCCGUAGGUAUUGCUAAUGCAGUUACAAGACAUUUACAGGAAGCAGAAGUCGCUAAGAAUGCUGGGAAUGCAAACUGGUGGAAAGUACAUGAAUCAUGUUUGUUAACAAUGGGUUCCGUCAAAGCUUUAAUUAUUGACACAGUAUCUAGUGGUAAUUUAAAUUUUCCAUUGAAUGACUUUUUAACGUCAGUAAUACUUACUGAUCUCAAUGUUGCAGUAUCUCCAUUUUUACUGGGUAGAGCUUUGUGGGCGGCCAGCAGAUUUACAUUAGCAAUGACACCAGAAUUAGUUCAACAAUUUUUAGAAGCCACUGUCCGUGGACUACAGAAAAACCAGCCACCAUCAGUUCGAGUGUCAUCUGUCAGAGCCGUUUAUGGUUUCUGUGAUCACUUGAAGACAUCUAGUAACACGCAAAUAUUAGUACCGUACUUGACUCAUAUCCUAGAUGGGUUAAUUGUGUUGGCGACAGAAUUUGCAGCGGAGGUCUUAGCACUAGUUAUGGAAACACUAUGUAUAGUUAUUACAAUUGACAAAGCAUUUACAGCAUCUGUUGAAAACAAGGUCACGCCACUGACAACAGCAUUAUUUUUGAAGUACAGUCAAGAUCCACUCAUCACCUCACUGGCUCAAGAUAUAUUUAAAGAACUAUCACAAAAUGAAGCCUGCCAACAACCGUUACAAGUCCGUUUACUUCCGACGCUGGACAGCAUACUUAAUGCACCUGUAGAUAAAGUACCUUUAGGCUUGGCAUCGGUUGCAAUGGACGUGUUAUGUACAAUAGUUCGGAACAGCACUGUCCCUUUAUCCGAUGCGCUCAUCACACAAUCAUUCCCGACAGCAGCACAGUGUACUCUGAGAACAGAUGACAAUGCUGUUAUGCAGAGUGGCGGAGAAUGCAUGAGGGCAUAUGUGUCUGUAGCAUUAGAACAGCUUAUACAGUGGCACGAUGAAACCGGACAUAGUGGUUUAUAUUACGUGGUUCAAGUUGUAUCUAGGCUGUUGAAUCCCAGGACAUCUGAGUUCACAGCAGCAUUUGUUGGAAGACUGGUGUCUACUUUAAUCUCCAAAGCAGGCACUGCUCUGGGUAGUGACCUGGAUCUUAUGUUAAGAGCCGUCCUCAGUAAAAUGCAGCAGGCAGAGUCGCUUAGUGUAGUGCAGUCUCUUGUUAUGGUAUUUGCACAUCUAAUACACAACCAACUUGAUGCAGUGCUAGAGUUUCUUUACAAUGUGCCUGGUCCGACUGGCAAACCAGCUUUAGAAUUCGUCAUGACUGAAUGGGUGGCAAGACAACACUUAUUUUAUGGUGCCUACGAUAGUAAAGUUAGCACAACCGCAUUAGCUAAACUGCUGGAGCAUAUAAUAGCAGUGGAUGACAAAAGAUUUGUUGAUAUCACAGUGAAGGGAGAUCAAAUUUUCAACCUCAAUGAAGGAAUAAGGACAAGAUCAAAAACUGCCCAAGCUCCAGAUCAGUGGACUACAAUACAAAUACAUGUAAAGAUGUUUAAACUAUUGGUGAAUGAGUUGUCCAAUGCCGUAGAAACUAAUAUGUCAAGACAGGCGUCAGCAGGUGGUGAAGACUUGGAUGAAGAUGAAGGAUGGGAUGACUGUGAAGAAGACGAUGGAGAUGAUGAGACUGAAGGCCAAACGUUAGAAAGUAUGUUGGGAAUGUUUGCUCCAGCCACAGAUUUUCCAGGUUAUGAUUUUGAAUGUGACGAUGAUGAGGAAGAUGACCCUGAUGCUCUCAACGACCCGAUUUAUCGAAUGGAUAUGCAGGCUUAUUUAACGGAGUAUUUUCAGCGGCUUUCACAGCAGGACUGCUAUAGAGUUGUCUUCAUACCUAAUUUAAAUGACAAUGAGAAACAUGCGCUGAUUGCGGCUGGUAUCCCAACAUGAUGAGUCCUUUGAUGGGAGAACUGAUGUUUCCAUGACGGCCAAGUUGCACAAUUGGUGACAGAACAAUCGAGAACAGAACACCAAGUCAUAUUCAUCUCCGUGGAAUGGUUUCAUGUCUAUUUAUUUAAUAGUUUACCAGUUUUGCCCAAUUUAAAGUAAAACGCUGGUUACUUGAAAUGUGCAGUCAAGUUUACCCGUGGAAUACAUUCCUUGGACGAGGUGCUAUUCGCUUGCAUAAUUGUAAAUGAUUAGGAUAAAGGAUUUUGUAUAUAUUUUGUAAAAUUAUCUCAUGUUAUUGUCAUGUACCUUUCUAUAUGCGAUGAGAUGCUGAUUAAUUUAAAUGAAGCUGCACGAGAGAUAGUGAUCAUACCCUGUAACCUAUAAAUUCCAUGCUUGUCAAGAGAUCUAGCAAAGUUCCAGGAAUUGGGUCUUGGUUGAAAAAGUCUAUUAGUGAAAACAAUUGUAGCACAAACGUGAUUGAUUUUUGUCAUCAACUCCAUCUUGAUGUAAAGGUUACUUGACUGCUUCACAGAACACUGAUGUUGUAGUAUUUAAACUUGAAGGCUCGUUUGCCAGGGGACUUAAACCAUGGCGAAAAGCAAAUUUGUGAUCACUUGCUGUCAGGUUUCAUUUACAUGACAGUGAAUAAGUAGUUUGUUUUUAUAAUUAGUGCAGGGUAGCAUUAUUCUGAGAAACGAUACACGUCACAUUCUGAGCUGCAUUAUUCUGAAAACCUGUGCCAUGCAGUGUUUAUUACAUUGCUGAACAGUUCGGGGAAUCAAUGCAACAUCGCAUUGCUUCUAAGAAUCUGUGUAGUGUAGCAUUACUGCAUUAUUUUAGUCAUUAGUGAAGACCCAUUAAGGAAAGAGAGAUGUACGAAGAGAUUGAAUAAACAUGUGUGCUAAGAAAUUGUAUUCUGUUGCAA